UUGGAGGAUAGGGAGAGGAGGCGAGGGGGGGUCGAGGAUCGCCGACGACGGCUCCACUGAUCCUCACCCCCUGCUGCUGUCCUGUCCUCCUUCCUGGAUCAACAUGGCCGUCCUCAAGAUCACAUUCACCAAGACCAAGCGCGACAGGUUGGCCCAGGUGCUCUGGGUGCUCAACUGGGUGUCCGUCGUCACGGGCGUGACCCUGUUCAGCCUGGGCCUGUUCCUGAAGGUGGAGAUCCAGAAGCGGAAGGAGGUCAUGUCCGACGACAUCCACCCCGUGCCCAACAUGCUGAUCGGCGUGGGGCUGGCCACCUGCGGCAUCAACUUCCUGGGCGGCAAGAUCUGCUACGACUGCGUGGACACCACCAAGUUCCUGCGCUGGAAGAUCAUCAUGAUGCCCUACAUCCUGGUCACGCUCUUCUUCUCCUUCUGCAUGCUGCUGGGCGCCCUCAUGUGCUGCUUCAUGCACCACGAGCUGGAGCGCUCGCUCUACGUGGGCCUGCACAACGCCAUGCGCUACUACAAGGACACGGACAUCCCCGGCCGCUGCUACCUGAAGCGCACCGUGGACAUGCUGCAGCUGCAGUUCCAGUGCUGCGGCAACGGCGGCUACAAGGAUUGGUUCAGCGUGCAGUGGAUCAACAACCGCUACCUGGACAUGACCAAGAGCGAGGUGACCGACCGCCUGAGGAACAACAUCCAGGGCAAGUUCCUGAUGGACAGCGUGCCCUUCAGCUGCUGCAACGUCUUCUCGCCGCGGCCCUGCAUCCAGCACCAGGUCACCAACAACUCGGCGCACCUCAACUACGACCACUACACGGAGGAGCUGAACCUGUGGCAGAGGGGCUGCCGGCAGGCCCUGCUGGAGUACUACACCAACAUCAUGCAGUCCAUCUCCAUAGUCGUCAUCAUGAUCUGGCUCUUUGAGCUCUUCGUUCUCACGGGGGUGCGCUACCUUCAGACGGCGAUGGAAAACGUGGUGCUGAUCGGCAACCCCGACUCCGAGUCCGACGGCUGGCUCUUGGAGAACAGCUUCUCGGAGACGGCGCGCUACAACCUCAACAUCAUCAAGAACCUGGGCAAGUGCUGCCACGUGGGAGACGACCCCAACCUCGACGUGCCCAACCCCAGCCAGGGAGAGCGGGUGCAGGAGACGGGUCCGUCCAGACAGAUACCCAUGGCAAGAUGAGUGGUGGGGGUCACGACCCCAACCUUGACGUGCCCAACCCCAGCCAGGGAGAGACGGGUCCUUCCAGACAGAUACCCAUUGCAAGAUGAGUGGUGGGGGUCACGACCCCAACCUUGACUUGCCCAAACCCAGCCAGGGAGAGACGGGUCUUUCCAGAAAGAUACCCAUGGCAAGAUGAGUGGUGGGGGUCACUACCCCAAACUUGACGUGCCCAACCCCAGCCAGGGAGAGUGGGUGCAGGAGACAGGUCCUUCCAGACAG